AUGCAGGAGGAAAAGGUGGAAGUCUCAGAAAACAAGAAAACGGAUGAUCAGGAGGAGAAUGAGAACAUUAUUCAAGAAUCAUCAGCUCUUCGGAUAUCCACAGCAACCCAAAAGGAGGUAGUCCCAGAAAACAACAAAAAAGAUUAUCAACAGGAGGAGAACAUUAUGCAAGAAUCAUCAGCUCUUGGGUUAUCCACAGCAGCCCUUCACUAUGAAAGAGAGAUUUCAUGGUUUAUGGGGGUGGAGAAGAUUGUGCCGUCAUCAUUUCGCCACAUGAGAAAUAAGGACGGCAAAACCCCAAAGCAAUUGUUUUUGAAAGAGCACAUGAAAUUAAAGAUGAACGCAGAAAAAUCUAUUAGAGGCACAGCGGAUUCAUGCAUGAUUGUGGCAACCUUAAUCGCCACCGUGGCGUUUUCUGCGGCCUUCACCGCACCAGGUGGUAAUGAUGACCAGACAGGUAUUCCCAUAUUUAUAAAACGAGCAAGCUUUACAAUUUUCGCAAUAUCGGAUGCUGUGGCAAUGAUCUUCUCGAUGGUGUCAAUUCUCACAUUCUUAUCCAUCCUCAUUUGGCGCAAUACGGAUGAUGAUUUUCAUUUGGCAUUGAAAAGAUUGUUCGUAGGAUUUGCAGCAAUGGGUGUGUCCAUAUGCGGGAUGCUCUUCGCUUUUACCGCAGCCUUCUUUCUGGUGUAUGGGAGGGCAUGGCAGCCAAUUCUGAUUGCCACAUUUGUGGCUUUGCCAAUUGCUUCCUUUUUGUACCUAAAUACUAGGUUGUGGAUUGAUGUUGCUUAA